UAUGUUCCUGUCUCGUUAGUACAACACCUUGGCUGUGAUAAGGAAAACAAAUGAAUUAGUGUGUACCCCGUCCCAUAACGUUAUGUAUCUAACAUAUUGCCGGAAUCUUUAGAGGAACCAUUCUUAACUAAAGGACGAAGGAAAAGGUCCAAUUAACAUCUUCAGCAAAUUUGGCCACAAUAAGUUUGCUUUGGCCCCUUUAAUUGCUAUGGGGAUCCACUGUGACAUCAAUUUGCGUAAAUCAUCCGAUGGCAACUUUGUUACUGGAGGUACAGUAUCAGGGGUCGCGAGGUAUACUCUAGACGAAGAAAUAGUUUAUACAAAGAUUUCAAUUUCAUUAAACGGUAGGGGAUAUUUAGAAGUACACAAUACUAGGAAGAAAGAUGAAGCUGACGGAUUAAUAAAAGAAGAAGAAGAAUAUUUAAAUGAAGAUAUUACAGUUCUGGAUGACCAAAAUGGACAGGUUCUGCCAAUUGACACUUAUGAUACACAGUUCCACUUCCAACUGCCACUGGAUAUACCACCGACACUCAACUUUGUUAAAAGUUCUGGCAGCCAUACAGUGCGAUGCAAGAUUAUUUAUUAUUUACAAUUAACAUUUGAAAGUCCCGAAGGUUGUAAGCGUUUUAGCGCAACAAUUAAUGUUAUACCGGGCGUGAAUCCGAAGUUGUCAACAGAAUCAAGAAUUUACGACAAGCAGAGGAAACUAAUACAAUUAUUAAGGGACAGCUUUGUUACUUUAAAAGCUACAAUUAACAAUCCUGUAGUAACGCCCUGUAAUAAAGCUGAAUUAGUAUACGAGAUAUUUAAUGAUACUAAUGUUAACUUUAAAUGCGUGGAAAGCAAAUUAGUGGAAGUAAUAUCUUUACCAAGAGGAUAUUACGAUUCGACUUUUGCUUAUGAAAUAGUUACUGAUAUAAAGAUGGCCGGAGUGAGAAGUGGCGAAUCUCAAACUAUUAAUGUAGAAAUACCGAUACCUAAAGACGUCAACUCUAUUGAACAUUCCCAACUUAUUGCUCGUGAUUAUUUUGUGAAGAUAACUGUCUAUCUACCACUACCGUAUCGUAACGUUACUCUGAAGGUACCGCUGCAAAUAGCAGGUGUUGCGAAAGAAAGUAUAAUGGAUGACGAUGAAGUGCUCACCCUUUGGGAAGCAAUGAAUGAAGAUCACAUUCAACCUGAUCAAUAUUAAUGAAAUGUAACUACUGUAAGUAAUUUUAAUGUGCAUUAAUCAAUUAAUAAUCAGCCAACAACACUAUCAGCCUCAUCAUCAUCAUAUAUUUAAGAGUAGCAAAAUUCGUAACUGUAAGUGUAACUCAUGUAACAAAUAUUUGUUUUGUUGUGAUUUUUUUGCAAAUGUGUUAAAAAUCGUCGUACGGCCUACGGCUCAUAAAAGACAUCUCGGGACUCGUAAGUAAUAUAUAAUGACACACUUCGCACUCGCCAUAAAAUGUAGGCAGGUACUUACUAGGUAUUUUAAUUAAAAUGCGAAUACUAUUAACUACCUACCUACUCUAGUGUCUUAAUUGUUGUUC